GUGCUCUUUCUUUCGCUGCAGCUGUGACGUUGUCGUUAAGAAAUGACAGCGCCCGUAUGACAAUGUCGCUGAGGCUUCUCUGUUCGAACCUCGCCAGGCAACAUGACCGUAAAACGCCGCCUCCAGGACGUCAUCCGGGAUGUUGGCAUUCAUCCGGUUUCUGAUCGUCAGCCUCCUCUUCCCGCCCCAACUCAGCCUGCAAUCAACGCCAGUGAGGAGGAUCACACACUAGCUCGCCAGUUGUUAGUCGAGCAGAGAGUGAAAGAUCCAGACUACCGGGAUCCCGGCAAAAAAUUGAAGAGCGUGUUCAGAAGCUCGGAGAAGAAGAAAAAGGACCAGGACACGAGUCAAUGGCUAUUUACGCAGGAUGAGCUUGACCGCGCGCUAUCAGCAGCCGUUGAGAACCCUGCUACAAGCGCGGGCCUCAUUCAAGCGUAUCUUCAUCUGGGAGCCAAAGUGAACUUCGUCGAAGUUACGGACCAAAAGAGCAAGGCAAACAAGAAGUCUGCCAUUGCAGAUCGGAGGCGAAGCACGGUGCUGCAAAGAGCUGCAACUGUACGGCGAGCCGACACCCUGGGUCUGUUGGCGGCUUCUGGUGCAGACCAGACCACUCUGGACGAAGGACUCAAAGCUGCUCUUGCGGCCAACAACCACCCCUGCGUCCAGGAGUUAUUACGGCACGGUGCGGAUCUGAACAAAAAUCCAAACGCAUUAGCGGACGCUGUUAGAUCAAACGAUCAAAAUUUCGUGCGGCUUCUCCUACGAGCUCCAAAGGCUCUUCGCCCUGACAUCAUCUCUUCAUGUCUUCCAGCAGCUGUUCAGCAAAACUCCCAGCCGGUGAUCUCGCUGCUAAUAGCUCAUGGCGCUGAUCCAAACUUCGACAACGCCAGUGCUAUUACUACUUCCAUUGCGCGAUGCGAGUAUCGCACUUCUGUCGCACUCGUGGCAGGUCCGAUCCCCCUGAGUUUAACGUCAUUGCAGGCCGCAUUUGAAACUGUAAUGAGGAUGACUAGCGCCCAGGAUCUGUAUCAAUUCUUGGAACUUCUGUUCUGUUGCGGCCUACCUCCAGCGAAUCCUCGACUAGGUAGUCUGCUAACAGCCGCGUCUCAGCGUAAUGAUCUUCGUAUGGCAGAGAUGUUGAUCGCGUAUGGGGUGCCCACGACUGUCAAUCAUGCUGAAUGCUUGAAAGAUGCCGUUGUUAGGUCUCAUUGGCAAUUGGCAGAUGUCAUCAUCGGGACACCGAUAUCGCCGGCUCAUGCAUCCAUGGCACUAGAUGCUGUGCCAGACGAUGCGCCAAAGCCAGAGAGACUGCACGUGAUAAGCGCUCUUGUAGCCAAAGGUGGUAGCGGACGUUCACUCGAGCGCUGGCUAGUUCGUGCAGUUGAGGAUGGUGAUGCUGAUCUAAUGGAUUUGCUUCUAAACGCAGGUCAAGCCCUUGGAACUGGCAAUGACAGGGCUAUCCAGGCUGCUGUGGCUCGGAAGAAUAUUCGUAGCCUUCGGUCACUACUGGCUUCCCGACCAUCGCCUCAGUCGCUUUCGCAAGUAUUCCCCCUUAUACGGUCUGGAUACACGGCACCCGAGCGACUCGAAACUGUACAUUUACUCUUGGAACACGGUGCUCGUGGACCUCAAGUAGACCAAUCCCUGGUUGACGCAAUCGCAGACACAUCGAGCACAAGGGACGUUGCUCUGAUUACUGAACUCGUUCGCCACGGAGCAUCUAUCGACCACGAUGAUGGCAAAGCGGUCAAACUUGCUGUUUCUCAGGCCAACCUGCCAAUUUUGCGCUUACUUUGUGGAGCGGAGGUCUCUACUCACAGUAAAUCAGCCUCGUUACCACUCGUCUUUGACACCAAUGGAGCCAGACAGUCAACGACCUUUGCAAUGCUCGAGCUACUUCUAGCGGGUGGCGUUGAAGAAGUCCCGGCUACGCAUGCCCUUGAAAUCGCUGUUAAAGGCGGUGCAAACAAUCUGGACAUAGUCGAACGCCUGAUAGCUGCCGACGCUAGAUUGAUCUCAUGUGCGUUCCAAACUGCUAUUUCGCUCAGCAGUGUGUCGCAGAAAGAAGCUAUCCUGAAAGUCUUACUCGACAAAGGCAUCUCACAGGAAACCCUUGACCAAGCUCUCAUCACCGAGAUCCAGCAUUUCAGGGACACGAGCGAUCCAACAAUCGCGCAGAUGCUUCUUCAACACGGUGCAUCAAUCAACUACAACGGAGGCGAUGCAUUCGUAGCAUCAGCUGCUACGGGCAACAGUUCGCUCGUCAAGCUGUUGCUCAGUGGAAAGGACACUCCCUGGCAACCCACGGUUACGGCAGCUUUUCGCGCACUGUUUGAUCCCGCCAACCUCCGAGGACUGGAUCGUACCGUGCCGGGACCUGCCUCCGUUGACAGAACAGUCCAUGCAUUGGGUCGAAAAGAUCUGACAAUAACUACGCUCGGCAAUGGACCUGCGUCUGGCGGUUAUGUUGAAGUUGCAGACCAGCUCCUCCCGCUGGGAGUUGACCGGAAUGCCAUUGACAUAGCUUUGAGAGCCGUUCUUGACCCAGAAAAUGGCUUUGAUGCGAUCAACCCAAUAGUUGACCGUCUCUUAGCCCAUCACGCAGACGUCAAUGCCGCCAAUGGCGUGUGUUUCGUUUUUGCAGCGAAGCGUAGUCCGAAACUUUUCGCAAUGCUUCUGAAGUAUCAGCCAAACUUUGCGACUCUCUUGCCAUCUCUGAUCGACUCGGACUUAGAGGAAGAUAUUCUCCUGAGUUUGAUGGACGAAUGCUUCAGCCAUGGAUGCACAGCCGAUGACUUAGAUUUGAGCCACCCUGCAUCUUUGGUCUUGGUAAUCCAGAAAUACCCUAGGAGUGAAGCACUCGUCAAGACGCUGCUUACGCAUGGCUGCAAUCCGGAAGCUUCAUUGUCGGGUGUUAUGAACUCUGCAGCAGGCGAAGAGGCCAUCCCAGCACUGUUGUGGGCCCUGGCACAACCUCAGAAACGGGUUUCGACCUCAGUGAUAAUCGCUCUGCUGGAGGCCGGAGCAUCACCAACCCGCGUUGCUCCAGUGUCGGAAGUGGCGCCGAUAUCUCUUGCUGCUCGAGAGGGUCGCUCAGAUAUUGUCGAAGUCUUACUGAAGCAUGGGGCCGACGCCUCGAUCCGCGAUAAGUGGGACCGCUCAGCGCUCUUCUACGCAAGUAGUUCAUCAGGCACAUCAGUGGUGGAAAAACUGGCACCGCAUGCUCUUAAGAACGACGGUAGUCUGCACGAGGCUGCCCGCAGCUUACAGCUCGAUGCCGUGGCAUUACUCCUCAAGGCUGCCCACGAUCCAAACUUCCCUUCUCGACACCAUGGGGGACGAAAUGCACUAGGAGAACUCUGCCUGAACGUGGAGAUCACCAACAGUAGCCAGCGCUCCCGGGCUCGCCAAGUCCUCCGACUCCUGCUCGACAGCGGAGCAAACCCCAGUUUUAAAGCCCGCAACGAAAGAUCGGCCGUCAUCCUUGCGCUCGAUAAUGCCCAUGAUCCUCUAAAGAUCACAGAGACCCUUCUCGAGACCGAAGUAUGGGAGCAGCUCAACGAUGAGAAACACCUGUUCCGCGACGGUCAAGGUCUCUGGUACUCGCCUUACUCCUACGUAGAACGUAUCCCCUCGCCUGCGCGAACCGCACAGAAGCAGCACUUACUCGACCUCCUUCGCGACAAGGGUGUCACGCCCACCUUCUACUCCGAGACCGAAGACCAGCCCCAAGGCGCAACUGGCAUGCCUGCCUCCAUUGCACGCCUGGCCGACCGCAAGAAAGAACACCAGCUCUCCCUCCGCCUCGCCAAAGAAGCCGCCGAGCACGCCCGCCACCUUGAAGAAACCGCGCACCUGGACCUCCUUCGCCGGAAAAAGGAGCAGCAAGAUGCGGAGCUCGCGGCGGCGAGUGCAGCAGCGGCGCACGCAGCGCAGCUCGAGCAGAGACAACACGAGAACGCGAUGCAGAAGGUGCGCGAGGCGGAGCGCAUGAAGCGCGCGGAGAAGGUGGCGUGGCACAGCCUCCUGACGCAACAGGAGGGGGAGAGCGCGGCGCAGCGCGCACAAAUCGAGGAGCGGAAGAAUAGCCAGGCGCUGGAGGCGGAAAGGCGGAUGAUUGAGGCGAGGAGGGGGGAGGUGGAGCAUCGCGCAGGGCUGGAGCGCAGGGCGCUCAAGGAGAAGGACGAGCAUAUGAGUCGGAAUCUGGCGGUUCAGAUGCAGAUCCAGGACCGCGUGGAUGAGAGUGCGAAACUGCAUGCUGGGCUGAAUGGGAGGAAGCAGCUAGAGUGGGGGACGGUGGAUUGAGGAAGUGUACGUUGCGCAUACAAAAGGGGUUGGAAUGGGAUGGAACGGGGUGGACUGCAUACACUGUGAUGCCUUACGAAUUCUAUAUACCGAAGGUCUAUCUAGGUGAUAGGAGUUUCGGUCGAUGCUGAAACCACCACAUACACAAAAGUAGUGGAACAGAAC